ACUCUCGGCCGGCGGUACCCGAAAGAAACUCCGAUACGGAAACUUGCGUCUCGGUACCCGGCGAAAAAAUCUGUUUACUUUUGAAAUUGAGAACCGUGCCAUUCGACGGGACGAUCGUUGCAUUUUUUGCGCCGUACCACCACACCUGCCGAGGAUGUAAAGCAGCAAACAGCGAUCCGUUGGCCCUUCCCCGCCGAAAGAAAACGGGAGAAAAAAUCGUCGCCGUGAAGCCGAAACUCUGGAGGAUGAAUCUCCCGUGCUGCUGAGAUCUGAAAGAUGGAGAUCUGCUGGGAUGGCUCAAAUCAUUCACACGAAAAGCUCAGCUUCCCAAGCGAACAGUGGGCGGCUGGUGGGACCCGCGGCCGCCCGUGCGAGUGGCGCGGUGGCGUCCUCGUCGCCACUCAGCAAACCCGUGCUGGUGAAGGGCCACGCGUCGGGUUCCGUGGCCAGGACCUUCUUCUGUCCCGUGAGCACCAGCAGCCUGGGACACGGCAACGCCCCCGCGGUCGCCGGCUCCACCCCUGCCGCCGUCAUCAAGUCCGAGCCGCCGACCGCCAAGGCGAACAACAAGGAUGCGGACGAGGGUCGUCCCGCGCUGCCCGAGAGUCUGGAGACCAUCCCCAAGGCGGAUUACCUCCCGACGCAGCGACAUCGUUGGAAUACCAAUGAGGAAAUCGCCGCCAUUCUUAUCAGCUUCGACAGGCAUGAGGAGUGGUUGUCCCGGGAGGUAAAGAUUCGGCCGAAGAGCGGCUCCAUGCUGCUGUACAGCCGAAAGCGGGUCCGGUACCGGCGCGACGGCUACUGCUGGAAAAAGCGCAAGGAUGGUAAGACCACCCGGGAGGACCACAUGAAGCUCAAGGUCCAGGGAACCGAGUGCAUCUACGGAUGCUACGUCCACUCUGCUAUUCUGCCAACUUUCCACCGACGCUGCUACUGGCUCCUACAGAACCCGGACAUAGUCCUGGUGCAUUACCUGAACGUGCCGUACAGCGACGACAACAAGAUGGUGAUUGCUCCGACGCUGAGCUACUGCGCGGACAAGAAGGAGUGGACGAAAGAGGAGCUCGUCUCGCAACUCAAGCCCAUGUUUUACAGCGAAAACGAGCCGGACCUCAACAACGAGCUAGAAGUGUCGACGGCCGAGACGGUGGAAGCGAUCGUGCAGCAGCUCAUGGAGAAGCAGCGCGCCAAGACCGGCGGCGGGGGCGGCAGCGGGGCCCGCACGCACGAGUGCCCCUGCGACUCGACCACCAAGACGUCGCUGUCGCCGGCCUCCACGCCGACGCCGCCGCCCGCGGCAGCGGCCACCUCGACCACGCCGGCCUCGUCCACGUCGGCCUCGUCGCCGACGGGUGCCGCCGCCGACCCGUCCAAGAAGUGCGGCCACAGCCUGCACCGCAUCAUUUCCCCGAAGACGCGAGGCGCCGUCGUGCCCUCCUCGUCCUCGGGGGGAGUGGGGGCGGCAUCGGGCGGUGGCGGCGGCGGGAACGGCGGCGCGGCGUCGCUGGUACCGCUGACGCACAAGGCGACGGUGUCCUCGGGCGCGCCCACGGCGACCACCACCACCUCGUUCAUCCUCAACCUGUCGCAGCUGCAGGGAGGCGGCGGCUUGCUCAUUCUCAACAGCGCGGCGGCUGCAACGGGACUCACGUCGGCGUCGGUCACGCCCGUGACGCUGCUCUGCGGCGGCCAGGAGGCGGCCGUGGUCGCCGAGGCGACCUCCGCAGCGGCCACGACCACGACGGCACACACGACGACGACGCCCUGCUCGGUGUCCUCUUCUUCUUCGGGCGGCGCCAGCAGCUCCGAAGCAUCGGUGACAGAGGUCAAGAUGGAGGACUCCUCCGGCCGCGGCAUCGAGGCCGGAGGGGCGCUCUGCAGCGACGAAGUGGACUUGGACGGCGGGAAGGACCCGGACCUCUGCGGGGGAAGCAUUCUGGCCGGAGACGAGGGCCCCAGAGAGCGGGGCAGCAGGGGUGGGGCGCUCUUUGACGACUCCCUCGACCUGAGCCACGACGGCAUCCAGAAGACCCUCACGGCCAACCUGGUCUCGUCGCGGAGGAGGCCCUCGUCGGACUCGUCCUCUGGCGGGGUCCUCGUCAAGACCGAGAACGUCGGAGGCCACGCGGACGCGGACCCCGUGGACCUGAAUCCGAUGGACUUCAUAGACAAUGACAUCUCCACACCGGACGAAGAGGUGUUCAAUCUGGAUACCUUCGACAUGCUGACAGACCUUCCCAACUGGGACGACUUCAACUCGGACCUGGCAGUGACCACGACAGGAACGGGGGCUGUGCUCUCGUCGUCCUCUAACAUGUCUGGAAACUCCCUACCCCUGGUGCAUAGCAGCAGUGGCAGCAGUAACAAGAGUGCAGGCACCCAGUCAUCCUCCCACUCAGGCAUGACGUACAGAGAGGGCACGGCUAACAUCACGGACUACUCCCCAGACUGGUCCUACACUGAGGGUGGUGUAAAAGUUCUCAUCACUGGGCCAUGGUAUUCGUCCUCCUCGCCGUACACAAUACUCUUCGACGGUGUCAGUGUCCCCACAACCCUCGUCCAGAGCGGAGUCCUCAGGUGUUUCUGUCCAGCUCACGAAGCCGGGCUGGUGACGCUCCAAGUGGCCUGCGAGGGAUUUGUAAUAUCCAACUCCGUCAUCUUUGAGUACCGCGAGCAACCGCUCGUCAGUGCCCAAAAGGCCAAGGACUGGUUUGGAGUCGAUGAGGGCACCCUCAAGUUCUCUCUGCUGGAGCGGCUGGAGAUGGUGGAAGCCAGGCUUUCCUUUGGCAACAAGGGAGCUAUCUUUCCCGGCGUUCUGGCCCAGGGGUUUGCCGACAAGCAACGUCCGUUUGAGGAGCGCCUGGUGUCGCUGUGCGGGGAGCUGCGUUGGGGCUCGUGGGUGCACCGGGGGGACUGCUCCCCGAUCAAGGCCCUCAGCCGCCCCGACCUGAGCCUGCUGCACCUGGCGGCCGCCCUGGGCUUCUCCCGGCUGGCGCGCACCCUCCUACUCUGGCGUCAGGAGAACCCCUCUCUUACCCUUGACGCAGAGGUCGACCCUCUCGGCAGGGACGCCCGCGAGUGCACCCCCCUGCAUUGGGCGUGCGCCCGUGGCCAGAGGGAAGUGGCUCUGCUGCUCCUCCAGUGGGACGCGUCUGCCCUGAGGGUGACCAGUGCUGACGGACAGACCCCCGCAGGCCUCGCCCGCCAGAGCACCCACCCGAGCCUUGACGAGGAGCUGGAGCAAGGGGCUCGCAAGCAGCAGCAUGCGGUGCAGGACACUUCCUCGGUGGCCAGCUCGUUUGGACAACCGCAACAGGUGCAGCAGCAACAGGUGCCACAACAACAGCAGCAGCAGCAACACCUGCGAAGCUGCAAGGUUUCUAUGACUGUGACAGCCACAACCUCACACGGCCGCUUGACGAAGCGCGCUUCGGCAGAUGGCGGGAGCUCGAUGGGGAGCUCUUUCUCAACCGAGGCGGAGUCAUCAAAGCGUUCUUCAGUUGACAGUGGGAUGUGCGAAGGGCUGGCAUCUCUCCCAGCAUCCUCUUUGCUCUCAUCUCGUCUCGUGUCUAAGUUGGACCUCAACAAUGUUGUCCUUGAACCAGAUGCCCCAGGAAACAGCGAGAGCCCAUUCAUCGAUGUUGUUGGAGUCUCCGAUGAAGAAAUAGAAAUGCAGAACCCAAUCCCACCCUCUGGGUCCAGUCCCCUGGGCAGGAGAAGGGAAAGCCACGGCGGGGUGUGCGACCUGGCCGGCUCGUCGUGCAUUGUGGAUGCAGGCGUGGCGGCCGUGCCUCCGGAUAGCCGAGUGCUCACGCUGGCGGAGCAGAUCAUCGCCGCUCUGCCGGAGCGGAUCAAGGCGUCACGGGAAGUGGAGGAAGAGGACGAGGAGGAUGCUAUGGAGGCCGAGGGCUUGUUCCUACUUCUCUCUCCCGAUCCGCACAGCCCCGGCCUUUCAGCCAUGUGCUCCAUGGACGAUCCGCCUCCGCCCCUGCUCAGCGACGAGUUCAGCUUCGAAUUCAGCGACCACAACUACAGGUACUGCGAGGCAGGAACCCCUUCGUCCUCGCUGAGCCCCGCUUCGUCAUCGUGCCUGCAGAGCCCGAGCAGCUUCACGCUCGAAUCUCCUUCGCCACCGCCAACAACGGCAGACUUCUGCGAAUUCUUCAAGGCUUCCGGGAAGAUAAUGGAGAGGGACUUCUCCAAUCUCACACUUUCAGACAAGGAGCAGCGAGAACUCUACGAGGCAGCCAAAAUCAUCCAGAUCAUCCAGAAGGCGUACCGGUCCUACAAGGGUCGCAAACGGCAGGAGGAGCAGGAAAAGGAGAGGGCUGCUGCCGUACUCAUCCAGAGCUACUACCGGCGCUACAAACAGUACAUGUACUACAAGCAGAUGACAAAGGCGGCUGCAGAGAGCUUCCCCGGCUGGUGCGAGCAGCACAAGCGCUUCAAGAAGAGCCCCGAGGGAGAGAGCUCGGGGGCCCCCUCGGUGCAGAGUUUCUACCACCGAGGCUAUGCAGACGACCGGAGGCAGGCCGCCCUGUCGAGCAGAGAGGGCACUCCCACCGCCUCGGCUUUCAGGCGCACGUAUUCCCAGCGGCGUCAGCACCAGGCCGCUAGGAAAAUUCAGCAGUUCAUGAGACAGUCGAAAAACAACAGCAUGUGGGAGUUUUUACAUGGGAAAGUGAUUGCAGAGCGAGCGUGCCUUAGCUGCCGAAAGAGAGAGGCCAGCGGCGGCCGUUCAGGUCCCGCCCAGGCUGCCCACAAAAUCCCAGGAACUGCCUUCUAGCCUCCAGGAGGGCACUACUUGAAAGCAGUGCGAGCUCAAGCGACGAGAAACGCUCGGAGAAAAAGGCGACACAGGUGUUCUGUUGUCGCCACUUCCCUGUUCCCGUCUUACCUGGAUCUUACACCUUCUGUCGGCUCUUUUAUUCUUAUUGUUACCACUGAAGAGGAGCAUUACAGAGGACCUAUGGUUUUUGUGCCCAGGAAUACUCUGCACGCUACUGACAAGAGCUGCCAAAAAAGAAAUCCGUGGUUGCUGGUAGCAGCCUCUGUAGCAGAGACAUCUUUUUGUGUUUCUUAAUUUGUCCCUUGCCCUUUGGGUUCGUGCUUUCUGUCAAGCAGGUUUCAGUUUUAUUUUUUUCCCCCAUAAGUCAUGCUUUUUGCCUGUUUUCUCACACCACUUGUUUCCCCAGUUCCUGGUUCAUUUUACCACACUAGAAAAAGAUGGUAUAUGGUACAAAUGUUUGUAAACCACAGCCCUUCUUCCCGGGGUUGACCUUCCACGCCUUUCAUCUUCAUGAAACACAUGAAACACAAAAGAGCAUUGUUUGUAUGCGUGUUUCUCGUCAGUAACUUAUUUUCAUUGUACUUUUCGAAGCGCUGUCUGCUGGGAAGGAGCUCAGUGUUGCCUUCAGGCUUUGUUCCAUGUUCCGCGGAAGUGUCAAUCACUCCACACUUCACACUUCUGUCCAAGGUGCAUGACGGACCUUAUCGAUGAAUCUUGUUUCGUUUGGCUUUUUCAUAAAAGGUGCAUUGCUGUUGUCUCAAUUACAAGUCUCGAUUUUGAAGGCAUCGUGAGGAGGGCUGACGUUGAACCAUUCGGACGUAGGAAUGGCAGUGUGGCGUUUUGCCAAUCAAAACACACCCGAGUGAAAAUUGUGCUUUCGUUUCCCACAUUUUUUCGAGUCAAGUGUUUUAUACCUUUUCCGGUUUAGCCAUUCACCUACAAAACAGGGCAGUGCUUUCACGGGCAUUGGGUGCACUGUGUUUCUCAUGGAAUAUGUAAUGCUUCAUAUCGACCCCAGUGAUUUUCUUGCAUGCGGCGUGUUACUGCACAAGCAUGUGCUCGUUGACAGGACGUAUGCUGUUGCAAUGUUGAAUCAAACAUGUGUUUUCGCUGCUUGUUGCAUCUUUGGGAAGACGCUUCUGAGCUUCGUCUGUUUUUCGUGUUACUGUAUGUCCAUGCCAUAGGUACAAAUUAGAAGAGGCAGAUUAGGUGUGUACGAGUUAGUAAAGGUAGUCGCGAAAACGUUCAACGGGCAUUACUCUCUUUUCAUCGGUUGUUGCAGUCGGACGACUUGUUGCAUUGGAUACUUGGCACGUUUCUUGUUCUUUGGAUGCGACGGUGAACCUUUUAAACAGUAUUCCCCGUCUUCAUCCUUGUUUUACUUGCUGUUAAAUUUUCCAGAUAAUGGGUUUGGGUACCUUAACGCAAUCGACUUUGCCAAAAAGAAAAAAAAAACUACUACCCAAACUUGACAUCUAUGAAAUAUUUUCUUCAGUGUAGUUAUUUCAAUUGCCACAUAUGCGAUGCUCUAGCGAAUAUAGUGCAUCCCGCUCACUAAACCUAUGAAUAACCGCAUGCCUAAGAAACAUAUUCAUACCUUCCUAGCGAACGUAGAGUCAAAGCCUUUACUGCUAGUCCAACCCAAGAGCGAACUGUAAUCAGGCCCUUUGUACUUUAGAAUGUGCCUCAAGAGCAACUUCUCACAAGGAUCUAUACCUCCUGUAAGAAUGAAAAGCAUAUUUUAAGACUGCUAGCAUCAAGCUUUAGAAGCAUCAUAUUCUGAGGUACAGUGGAAAGACAGCAAAAAAAAACUUUGAGUGAUUGCUUGCGACUGCCCCCUUGACUGGAACCGGCAAGCCAUGCUGCUUCACUGCAGCAUUAUUUGCCGCCAAGCGAAUAAUGAUAUGUUUACAUUCUAAACUCCCAGGUCUACUCUGCCAAAUUGUCAAAAGAAAACCACUAGUCGUUCCUUAACUGAGGCUCAAGGGUUUCCGCUAUGGUUAGCUCGCUUUAGGCUGUAGCACUCGAGAGACAUGGCAACCAUUUGUGUGAGGAGCCGACUUCCCUCGCCAUCCGCCUUUGUGCGUCGCGCGACGGCUUGCAUUGUCCCAGUGGCCGGAACCUCCCCCAAACCCCAAAGUGUCAUUCCAGUCUUGUAAAGGCGUGCAGUCUCGUUGUAACCUCGGAAGAGUGUCCAUGUGUACAUAACACUUGUACUCACAUGCUGUACUCCUCCCCAAUAACAACAAAGAAAGACGUGGUAGUGUUCUGUCCCUGUCUUGAGGCUGUCUCUCUCUCCCAUUAUGCUACCUGCUAGUCUCUUCUCAUCGUCUCUCUACUUCGAGUGAAGUAUAUCAGUACAAAUACCACCCACCACCCCCGCUUCCCAACUUCAAGUGUGAUGAACGCCCCAGAGAUGUGUUUUUUUUUUUGGGGUGGGGGGGCAUGUCAUUGGUUGUGGGAAAGGACGAGGCGUUUCAGUUAUUUGUAGAGAGAGAGAGAGAGGCCAUCUUGCUGCAACACAUUUGCUUUGUGGAGAGAGAGAGAAUCCAUUUGUCUGCAAACCUGCAGAAGCGAAUUACUAGCUAGCAAGGUGCUGUCGUUAGCUCUUGAAGGUGCGGUGCGAGAUCUGAACAAUUGUCAGUUUUGUAUGCACAGCGGACCGAGGGACUGUUCAUUACCAAACUUGUGGUGAAACUUUCUUCUUUUGUUUCACUGAUUGGCUUUACAUAAAUGCCAGUUUUUGUGUCAUCAACCAUUGAUCAGUCAUUUAUUGGGCAAGCCUCGGUGCAAGGAGAACUGCUAAAGUCGUGAUGACUUUAUUUCAAUGGGGGGAGGGAGGGGGGGGAUAAAAUUGUAACAUGCAUUUAGUGUGUUGCAGUUCGGAGGGCAUUUCAACUUUUUAUGCCAUACACCGUUCACCCGAAUCGCUAAAAGUAAUGCCAGAAGUUACCGUCUAAUAUGGCGCAGCUUCAGCUUCACUUUUAUUAUUCGGUAACAAGUCAGUCAUGAGAGCAUGGCAGAGGCUGCAAGACAUUUACGCUACUUCAUAACAGAACAAAUCAAGGCUGACAUUCACUGAAGCACUUAACGAAGUCUGCAAGAAAUUUUUGUGCCCAAAGACCAAAGAUGAAGCUUCUCUGGUGCACCAUUUUGAUAUUUAGGUUUAAAAUUUUAAACUCAAAAUGAACAUCCUCAAAAAUCAACCUAAAGAAACCAGUUUCGCAAGUCUUUCAUCUACAGCCUUUAUCCCAUCGAUACAAAGCAAGUAAUUCCCUCCAGACGAAUUCUGUGAUCUUUUGUGUGCAGCACUACAUCGUGCUUCACUCUGAAUCUCGGAAGGAGUGAAUCUCUUUACAGAGGAAAUAAUGUUUCCUUACGAGGUGGUAUUUGACGUGUUAAAUGUAUAUGUGAACCCCUCCCCCACCUAUGGGCUUUAUGCACAACUCAAUCCCAUUGCACAUAAGACACUAAAAGAUCUCAUUCUGAGGAGAGCAAAAAAAUAGAUAUGAAAGGUAGUCGCACAAAUUUCUCUCUCUCUCUCUCUCCACGUCUGUGUCUAUACUGCAUGUACACUAUAUCCGUGCUCAGACCUUCAUUGGAAGACGUGAAUAAUCGUGAUAGCACAACAGGUUAUAUUUUUUUGUUCUGGUUCGUUUUUUAGCACUGUUGGUGUACAUAUACGGCUAGACCCAGCGUAAAUACAACAGGCUGAUUGUGCGUACCAACACCAGCAGCCCUGUUGCAUUACCCGAGCCCGCAGAGAAGAUUUGAGAUCUGUUAUUUUCGUGUCAACCAUUUUUCUACUGUUGGCCCCCGACCCCUUGUUCUCUUGCUCGAUCCAUCUGUGGUGUCCAUAGCUGUUUUGUAAUUUCUACCUAGGAGUCACUUGUAGAGUUUGUUAAGAGCCCGGUGUUAACGAUUUUUUAUAUAUAUGUAAUAUAUAACGAAAUCAGUAAUAAGGGUUACAAAUGUUUCCGCUAUAAACAUAGGUAGAAUUACGCAGUCAGGAAAGCUGUUUUUUGGAAAGGGAUAUAAGCAAAAUAUUUCAAACAAAAGCGUGGAAAUAAACACAUUAAUCACGAGCACGGUAUAUAUAAAUAUAUAUAUAUAUAUUUACUGCCAGUUCCUUGGUAUUUUUGACGACUGAGUAUUUUUGCAGCGGUUGUUUUGUCUUUCUGUUUUUGGGUUUACCUUUCUAACCACGCUAGCUUGAGUACGUCGGAAAGAGGAGCCAAGGGAAGGUGAUGCAAGGAUGGACGAGGCUUUGGUCAUGUUGAGGAACUGUUGUGGGGAACGCUGGCUCAAACGAAGCUAGUUGGUCACUGUAAGUUCUGUGAACAUUUUCCCCACAUUGUUUUUUUAAAUUUUUUCUUUGUUUUUCGGUGAACAGGACGUGCCCGAGGGUCGGUGAAAGUUGAGUCACCCUCAUGCCACCAAGAGGUGCAGUUGUUUCAGUGUGUCAUGACUCUGAUCUCAUCUGUUGCUCCCAUACAAAGUUACCACUGAUUUUUUUUUUGUGUGUGUGUUUCACUGUGUAAAAACCACAAAAACAAAUAAAAACUAUUCUUCCUUUGAA